AUGUUUGAAAGGCUAAUUUUCCUAGUGCUUAAUAUAGCCUGGUAUUUUCCAAUAAUAUUAUCUAACAAGUAUUGUCACAUUUGCAAAUCCCAUACUAUGUGUGUUUAUAGAAGAGACAUUCCAUCUGAUAAUUGCCUCGAUUACAAGAAAAUAUCUUUAUCAAUUGAUAAUAAAACCGAAAUACUGGAAGCAUAUAACUCUUUAAGAAAUUAUGUUGCAUCAGGAGGAUUCAUCAAUGAGACAAACUCUAGCUUUCCUGAAUCAUCAAAAAUGAAUAUGCUCAGGUGGAAAGAAGAACUGUCCCAAAUAGCUCAAAGAUGGGCUGAUCAAUGUCCCACGGAGGAGAAUGAUGAAUGUAGGGAUAUACAAGAUUUCCGUGUAGGACAGAAUAUUUUUAGUUUAGACAUACCGUCUAAAGAUGAGUUGCCUCAGUUCACACAAAUUUUCACUAAGAUAUGGUUCGAGGGCCUCAAACAAUUGAGCUUGAAAAAUCUAAUCGAGUUUGAUAAUUCAUCAAGUUGGAAAUCAAAAAUUUUUACUCAGUCUAUAUGGGGCAAUGCACAGUAUGUAGGUUGUGGAGUUUCACUUUUCAAGAAGCUCCAGCAGGAUGAGGAGAGUUUAGUUCGAACACUCCUUGUUGUUUGCAACAUGGCACCAGAAGGAAAUAUUCCCAAUUCUCCUGCAUAUCAAAUUGGCCAACCUUGUUCAGAAUGCCCAAGAGAACAGUGCCAUCCCAAGUUCAAUUAUCUUUGCAACGAAAAUGAAACUGAAAUAUUGGAUGCAUCCAGAAAGCACACAGGAAAAUUAUUUGAACAUGCCAUAAGACCCUGGGACUGGAAAAGUAAGCUCACAACUAGAAGAGUUUACUCCCAAAGAAUUCCGGGAGUAUGGUAUAAUGGGGAGUGUAGAUGUAAUUUCAUUUACAGAUCUAAAGGAAACACUUAUAUUGAAACUAAAUUGAUAUAUUUAGGCUUAUUUUCACUAGUGAAAGCGUGUUCAAUAAAAUAUAAUAUUUAGUUCGAGUUAAUUAAUUAUGUCAUACUUGUUUUUGGAAUUAAGUAAGGAAGUUUGGUUUCAUUCAUUCGUUUUUUGUGAUCUCAUCACCUCAGCUAGGAGCCC